AUGGUUUUUGCUCGGCAGCGCUUUCGGCGCUGGCUGGAGACGAGACCCGUCAUCCCAGCCUACCUGACGGUCAGCAUCGAGCCGCUGCCGCCCGUGGUGGUGGGAGAUGCCGUCACCUUGAAAUGCAACUUCAAGACGGAUGGGAAGAUGCGGGAAAUCGUCUGGUACCGGGUGACCGAUGGUGGCACCAUCAAGCAGAAGAUCUUCACCUUCGAUGCCAUGUUCUCCACCAAUUUCUCGCACAUGGAGAAUUAUUUUCGGAAGAGGGAGGAUCUGGUCUACCAGUCCACCGUGCGCCUCCCCGAGGUUCGCAUUUCGGACAACGGUCCCUACGAGUGUCACGUGGGGAUUUAUGACCGAGCCACGCGGGAGAAAGUGGUCCUGGCCUCCGGGAACAUAUUCCUCAACGUGAUGGCCAGGUCUCCCGAGCGGGUCCCCAUCCUCCAGCGAUGCGGCCCCCGCAGCCAAUCCUUCAGCCGCUACCAGGCACAGAACUUCACCCUGGUGUGUGUGGUCUCCGGCGGCAAGCCUGCCCCGCUGGUGUACUUCAAGCGGGACGGGGAGCCCAUCGAGGCCACCCCGCUGCCGGAGCCGCCGGCCGGCGCCGGGGGCGUGCUUCUAGCCCGGGCGGCCCCCCGGCGGGGGCUGGCGGCCGAGCGGGGUCCCGUCACCGAAACCAUCCCCGAAACAGUGGUGAGCCGGGAAUUCCCGCGGUGGGUGCACGUGGCGGAGCCCAUCUACUAUUUCCGUCACACGCACGCACCCGUCAGCGACGGGACGGUGGAGGCGCGGGCCACCCUCACCUGGACCCUGAACCCCCAAAUCGACAACGAGGCGCUCUUCAGCUGCGAGGUGAAGCACCCGGCGCUCUCCAUGCCCAUGCAGUCCGAGGUGACGCUCGUUGCUCCCAAGGGCCCGAAGAUCACGAUGACCCCUACAAGAGCCCGUGUUGGAGACACUGUGCGGAUCUUGGUGCAGGGCUUCCAGAAUGAAGUCUUCCCUGAGCCCCUUUUCACCUGGACCCGGGUGGGGAGCCGGCUCCUCGAUGGCAGCGCCGAGCACGAUGGCAAGGAGCUGGUGCUGGAGCGGGUGCCGGCUGAGCUCAACGGCUCCAUGUACCGCUGCACCGCCCAGAACCCCCUGGGCUCCACCGACACCCACACGCGGCUCAUCGUUUUUGAAAACCCAAAUAUUCCCAGAGGAACAGAGGACUCCAACGGUUCACUUACCAGCCACUGCGGCUUCAGACUAGUUUUGGCGCUCACCCUAACAGUGAUCCUGGAGCUAACGUGA